AUGAUUCACAGUUUGUUCUUGGUUAAUAAUUCCGGGGACAUGUUCCUGGAGAAGCAUUGGAAGAGUGUCAUACAUAGGUCCAUAUGUGACUACUUCUUUGAGGCUCAGAGCAAGGCAGCAGGACCGGAAGAUGUCCCACCAAUCCUGGCCACCCCCCACCACUACCUCAUUAAUAUUUAUAAGAACCAGAUGUACUUCAUUGCUGUUGUUCUAACAGAAGUUCCUCCCCUAUUUGUCAUUGAGUUCUUGCACAGGGUGGUCUCCACAUUUGAAGACUAUUUUGGCGACUGUACUGAAUCAAUCGUUAAAGAUAACUAUGUUAUCGUUUAUGAGUUGCUGGAUGAGAUGCUGGACAACGGUUUCCCAUUAGCAACAGAGUCAAACGUCUUGAAAGAAUUAAUUAGGCCUCCUAACUUCUUGAGGACUAUCUCUGAUACCGUCACUGGCAAGUCCACCAACAUGAGUGACACGUUACCGACUGGGCAGCUGUCGAACAUUCCGUGGCGUCGAACCGGUGUGAAGUACACGAACAACGAGGCCUACUUUGACGUCAUAGAGGAGGUUGACGUCAUCAUAGACAAGAGCGGGUCCACUGUCUUUGCCGAGAUUCAGGGAUAUAUCGACUGCCUGAUAAAGUUGAGCGGCAUGCCAGAUCUGACCUUGUCCUUUAUCAAUCCCCGUCUUCUUGAUGACGUCAGCUUCCAUCCCUGCAUAAGAUUCAAGAGAUGGGAGAGUGAAAAGAUCCUCUCAUUCGUACCACCAGACGGAAACUUCAGACUCAUAUCUUACCACAUUGGAUCUCAAAACAUGGUGGCCAUACCGAUAUACAUUAAGCAUAAUAUAUGCCUGAAGGAAGGCUCGGCUGGCAGGCUGGACAUAACCAUCGGGCCGAAGCAAACCAUGGGGAAAACCGUGGAGAACGUUGUAUUGGAGGUACCAUUCAGUAAGUCGGUCCUCAAUGCCACACUCACUCUAACGCAAGGCAAGUACACAUUCGAUCCAGUCUCGAAGGUUUUAAUUUGGGAUGUAGGCAAGAUUGAUCCUAGUAAGCUGCCUAACAUCAAAGGAAAUAUCAUUCUGCAGGCCGGUGCUCCUCUGCCAGAAUCUAAUCCAACUAUAUCUGUGCAGUUUAGCAUCAGUCAGAUGGCAGUUUCUGGUCUGAAAGUCAAUAGAUUGGACAUGUAUGGGGAAAAGUACAAGCCGUUCAAGGGCGUCAAAUACGUCACGAAGGCGGGAAAAUUUCAAGUCAGAACGUGA